AUGGAGAGGGAUAAAACCAAAUGUCCAUUUCAUAAUCAAAAAAAAUCUUAUAAUAAUAAUAAUAGUGGCAAUGGUGGGAAUAAUUUACCAAAUACUGGAAAUAGUUUAUUGCAACAACAAAGAUUACAGCAACAGCAACAACAGCAACAGCAAAUCGUAUUUGAUGAAUUAUCAUCUAUUGUUUUAAAUUUUUGUAAAAUGCAUGUACGUGGCCAGGAUUUUAUAGUUUUUCACAUCGAUAGUUUAAAAUAUGAAAGCAAUAAUCAAUCAUUUAGACCACCAGUCAAGGGAUUGCAAAUUAUAGCGCAGAAUCUUUGUGAUAGAGAGUCUGGUGUAGGUGCCGAUAAUGUAUUGGUAAUUACACCACCGCCAACAGAGCAACUCGAAAAUGCAGAUUUUCAACUUUUAAUAUUUAAUUCAGAUGGAAGUUUAGCUGAAAACUGUUCUACUGGUGUAUCAUGUGUCUGUAAAUAUAUUAUAGAUUAUAAUCUUCAAUCAUAUAGAAGUAAAAAAUCAAUUCUCUUAAAUCAACAAGAUACAGAAAUGGGUGAACAAUCAAAUAGUUUAAUAGAAAUUUCAAAUAAUAAUAAUAAUGAUUUAAAUACAUUUUUUUCAAAGAGCCGUUUUAAAUCAUUAAAUCAAACACCUUAUUUAUUAUUCGAACCAAGAAAUAUAAGUAUUUAUACUAUGGCAGGAAUUCAGCAUUGCAUUACCCAACCACAACAUCCAAAGAAUAAUGCAAAAACAUUAUGGAUUAAAGUUAGUUUAGGUAAUCCAUUGGUUUUAAAGACCUCAGACUGCAAUGAUCCAGAUACUGCUUCAUUAGAAGCCAAUGUAUUCCAACACCCUCAAUAUAAUAAUGAUUUGAUAAGUUAUAAUAAUGAUCAGUUUGAAAUCGAUUCAAAUAUUUUCCAACAAUGUCCAAUUUUUAAAUUAAAUCAAAAAAAUACAAUAGGAAAAAUAAAUAAUAGAAUUUUAUCAACCAAUUCAAAUUACGAGGAUUACAGCAAAAUGAUUCAGUGCGGUGGUCACUUUAUAAACUCUACAUUGGUGUCCAUGGGAAACCCUCAUUGUGUUUUACAUUUGGAGAAUGUUGAAGAGUUUCCUUUAGAUUAUUAUGGCAAGGUUAUAGAGUCCCAUCCAAUUUUUCCACAAAAAACAAAUGUAGAGUUUGUCGAAGUUAAAAACAGAGAUUUGCUUAGGGUUAGAGUUUGGCAAAGAGGUAUAGGUGUAACUCAUUCUUGUGGUACAGGCGCAGCAGCAGCAUUGGUUAGUGGGGUUUUACGUGGUAAAAAUAAUAGAAAAGCAAAUGUACAAAUGGACGGUGGUACCUUAGAAGUUGAAUGGAGAGAGGAAGAUGAUAGAGUUUUCAUCAGUUGCCCAGCAAUCACAGUUUUUCAAGGUACUAUUAAAUUUUUUCAAGAGGAGUUACAAGUUUAG